UACGGGACUUCAUCGUCAUAAAACCCACUGACAUUUUAAGAAUGGCAAAGUGCUGAUAGAAUCUGAAGUCUUGAAUUAAUGCAAACGAAUAUUGUAUAAUUAUAGACCAGUGAGUUUUGUCGGCCAUAGUUAUGACACCAUCGAAGAAUGAAGAACGUGAAGAACUUAAAUGGUGGUUUAAAUUACACACAUGCGUUGUCGACCUUCUCUCAACUUAACCAGCUGAUGACAGUACCUACGUAACGAGGCUCGUAAACAACGAACACGCCCUACCGACUUCAGUCAUGGCCUAUCUGAUGCCCGACGAUGUUCUGGACACCAACAAGUGUUCUGAGUGUUUAAAAUACCUGUCUAUCAGGCCGAUCAAAGUGUACCCGAAUCGACAGACGAAGUGCGGCAGGUGUUCCGAAGAAGGGGACAAUGGCAUAGUGUCGUUAUACGAAAUAUUAGUACAAAACGCGGUGUUCAGGUGCGUUAACCGUUACGAAGGUUGUAACGCGGUUUUCACCUGCGAAGACAUGAGGUUGCAUGAAAUGGACUGCAUCGGAGGCAAGUACCUGUGUCAACUGUGCGAGUUUACAGGUACUGCCUAUGAAUACUUGCAACAUUUUAAACUACAUCAUAAAUUAUAUUGGUUGGAUAAACCAACUAUUACGUUGUGUCUGAGUCAGGAAAAAGAAGAUUUUUAAAUGUACCGAAAGAAUGAUCAUUUAUUUGUAGUUUAUAUAAAAAUAGACAUGCAAAAAGAUAUAUUACUAUUAAACUGUAUAAACAUUGGUCCCGAUGACAGAGCAAAAUGCAUCAAAUUUAAAUUUGAGAUUUAUGAAGACAACAAUUUGAAAUUUAAAAGUGAAGAGAGGACUUGUACUUCCAAAUUUAUACCUCAAGCGGAAAUAUUAGUACCGGUUCCUAAUAUAAAUAUUAUAGACAAACAGUCACACAUUUUCUGCGAGUUGAAAACGGACAUAAGCAAAUAUCAGACAUUUCUUAAUCUUCCUAUUAACACCGACUGUGACAAUAGAAACAGGAUUACCAAUCUUCUGCAAAGAGUAAAAACGUUGAAAAUCAAAAAUAGAACUCUAGUUGACAAAGUAAAGGGUUCACCAAACUUUCAAAUGGAUACCAGUUCAACCACUUGCGCAAACCUCUGCAUGUGUAAAGAGUACGACUAUUCAAAGCACGAUCCAAAACUGUAUGUGGAUCCUGCAAUUCUUGAGAAGUAUCCAAGUUAUAAAAUAUCUCCUUGUGGUUACGGUUUUAUUAGAAACGCCACCCACAUCAAUUUAUUUUGUUCCAACUGCCAAGAACUGUUCACACCAUACUGGCCCAUUUCCGAAUGUGCCAGUUGCAACCAUUUCAUAUGCAAUUUGUGUUGUACCUUUGCCAAUGUGGAUCACUGCACCAACAAGUCACCAUUGACACAAAAUGUUGCCAUAACCAACUUGUUCAACAACAUAAAAAUAAAUUGUAAAUGGAACUGCGGGAAGUGGUUCUUGAGUUCGGAUAUCGUUAGUCAUCAGAAAACAUGCGAUCGGAGACCUAAACAAUUCUGUCCUGUUUUAAAUUGUUCUUGGAAUGGAAAGCUGGCCGAUAUGGAGAAACACUUCAAUAUCCAUCAACAUUUUUCAAUCAUUAUGUCCAAUAGGAUCGAUGAUUCUCUUCUGAAUGAUUUGAAAGAUACUGUAUACGUGUAUACUGAGAGAGAUGUUAUUGCUGUUUUAAAAAGGCAUAAAAAUCAUGUGGGGAAGUUUCAAAUUGUUGAAGUGUUACCCCAAUUAAAGUUAGGAAAUUACAAUGUUUUGUUGCAAGAAUUUAAAAGUGGACAAUUUUCAGAUGAAGAGUUUGUUCUUGCCGGCAAUAAAGUGUUUAGAAUUAUAAUAAGAGACAAAAAUUAAUGUGUACAGUAUUUAUUAUUAAUUAAGAAUUGUGUACCCAUAUUGUAUUAUUUUUUAUACUUUUUUAAUUGUUUAAUAAAUAUAUUUUUUUAAA